UCAAAUGACUUUUACUCUUCUUCCCCACAUAACGGUCCUCAUCAGGAGAAGAAAAGGAGGCUUUGUUCUUCCCCUUGUUGCCCUUUGGACUUACAGGACCACAACUGAGAAGUACUGCACGAAGUAAUGCCACUGAAUGGGAUAACUGGGCCUAGAUGAUUUUUAUAAGACGCUUCAGGUGGCUCGGCAAGGUGCACUGAGUCGAUGGAGCUUUUUUUCCGGCAGUGUUUCCUCCCCUGUUCUUCUGUUAACGUCUGAUGAAGACUGCACCCUGGUUGAUACGACUCGCACUUCUGAGUGUUGAAACUGCGUAAAUUCCCUUUGUGUUUUCGAAUAUUCUUGUGCGCUAUUGUUAUCCCAUUUGGGACUGGUUGGUUUCUAUGAACAAUUAACAACCAGCACUCACAGAAAACCUAACAAAAGUGUCUUUAAAGUGCAUCAUGGAUGCUAAUAGUGCUCAGCUAAAGACUAAGCUGAAAGAGCGACGCUCUACCAUCAAUGUGCUGGGAGCCAGUUUCUCACAGUCCAUUGAGGAAGAAAAGGCCUUCUAUUUCUCCCAGGGCAGUUCUUUUAAGCCAUGGAACUCUUUGGAAAACCUUGACAGCCCUGCUCCUGAGGGCCAGAUCCCAAGACACCAAAAUGAGACGUUGAGACCACAACAGAACAUUAACAUCAACGUAGGGGGAAAAGUCUUUCACAUUCCCAAGAAGAUGGCCAUCAGAUUCCCUCGCACACGAAUAGGCUCCUUGGCCCUGUGCACAGACCGCGUCAAACAGCUCACUCUGUGCGAUGACUACUCGGUGCUCAGCAACGAGUUCUUCUUUGAUCGCGACCCAACUUUCUUUUACUACAUCUUUCAUUUCUACAGCAGUGGCGUUCUGUGGGUGAUGCAGGAACUAUGCCCUAUCAACUUCGAGGAGGAGAUGCAGUACUGGGGCCUGAGCUGGAAUGACACCCAGCGCUGUUGCCGUAUCCUGUUUGAGGAAAAGGUGGAUGAACUCCGGGACAAUCUGAAGGUGGAAAAGGAACUCUUAGCGGAGAUCGAGAUAAAGCAUGAUGAGGAAGGCUACAAGACCAUGUUCCUGGGUGGAAUUCGCAAAGACCUCUGGGACCUGAUGGAAAACCCUUACUCCUCGCUGUCGGCCAAAUCCUUUGCAGUUUUCUCUAGCCUCCUGGUGCUCAUCUCCAUCGUGGCUAUGACCCUCAACACUGUGAAGGAACUGAGGACCCACACCCUCUCUGGCAAGACCUACCUGGAAUGGGUAGAGAUCUUCUCUAUUCUCUUCUUCACAAUCGAGUACUUCAUGCGCCUUGUUACGACUUGUGACAUAAAGCACUUCGUCAAAAGCUCCCUGAACUUGGUGGACCUGGUGGCCGUCAUGCCCUACUUUAUUCAGCUGAUAUUUGAAGCGUUUGCCAACGUGGAGGACCUCAGUGCCCAGGAAGAUCUCAAAACCCUGGCUCGUGUCAGCAAAGUCAGCAAAGUGCUCAAAGUUGUCAAGCUGAUGCGCAUCUUUCGCAUCCUGAAGCUGGCCCGUCACUCCACCGGCAUGAGGGCGUUUGGGUUCACCCUGCGCCAGUGCUACCAGCAGGUGUGUUGCCUUUUCCUCUUCAUCGCCAUGGGCAUUUUCAUGUUCUCUGCCCUCCUGCAUUCGGUAGAACGGGAUGUCGAAGGCUCUCCAUUCAGGAGUAUUCCUGAUACCUGGUGGUGGGCGACUGUGAGCAUCUCCCAAGUGGGUUAUGGGGACGUGGUGCCCGUAUCCCUUCCUGGCCGCGUGGUGGCAUUCUCCUGCAUCUUCUUCGGCAUCAUUCUCAAUGGCAUGCCCAUCUCUCUCCUCUUCAACAAGUUCUCAGACUACUAUGCCAAGCUCAAGUACCAAGAGUCCACCUCAACCGGUGUGAAACGUCGCUUGAUGCUCAAGGCCCGUCUCCGUCGCAAACUGGACGUGUGCUUCAAUCCCUCUAUGGGCGACCUGGAGGAAGGCAGGAGCCACUGAGCUCUAGACAGGAUGUAUUUUUUGACAUUGCAGGGGGUAUUUCAAGACUUCUCUACCAAAUCACCAGUGGGGAGGUGGGGUAUGGACUAAUAGGAGUGAAAUGGAGCGAAUGAUAAGGACAGGGGACACACAAAGCAGACUCAUAGAGAGGAUGUAGAAGGGAGGAUGUGGGUGUCACCUUAUGUCGGGAACUGAUACUGCAGAGCAGUUCCUGUAAAGUCAAUGGUAUGUGGUGUAUUGUGCAUAGUGUGUUUAAGCGUGCAGACCAGAGUGUUGUAAGUUACAGUACAUUGUAUAUGCAGUAUACCAUGUUGCAAUCUUUGCUCUAUUUACUUGCACAAAUUAAAGCUGAUUCUUGUCAUAGUC